UCCUCUCCCCCUUCUCCCUUCUCUCACCAUUUCUUCUCCUUUCCCAUCUCUCUUUUCUUCUCUUUUCUCAAAGAAAAUCUUGUUUCUCCUUUAUUGAGUUGAGCUUCUGCUAUCCUUAUUUUUUUUAUCUUCUAGAUUCCGGUCUGUCGGUCGGUGUUAAUGAUGGGCUUCUCUUGUUGUAUUGGCAUUAAGAUGCCAAAGCUCGUAUCAGACCUACUAAGCCUGGUGGAGUACGUCAAAUUGCUGAUGGUGGCGGCCCUCUUCCAUCUGGGUCUGUUGACUCUGUUCCGUCCCUCACACCUGAGGGAUGCUCAUGGUGCCGAUCAUGUUCAGGAGUCUGGAGGGUAUCUCCCAUCCCUGACUUCCCCAGUUGUCCCGGCCACAGUCUUGACUCCCACAAGGUUAGAGGCAAUCAAGAAGAGGCUUCCAGCGGUUGAAUUCGGGGAUUUUCUUGAGAGAUCGGGAGGCAAUAGAGAAGAAAUGGAGCAUCAGUCAGUAUGCAUGAUAUGCUUGUGCAGCCUGGAGAAGAGGCAUGAGAUCAGAGAACUACCGAAUUGUUGUCAUGUGUUUCAUAGGGAGUGCCUGGACAAGUGGGUGGAUGGGAGCCAACUGACAUGCCCUUUGUGUAGGUCCAAGCUGUUGCCCUGUCGUGGUGGAGGGGAUCAUUCAAAGGCAGCAGCAGGAGGAGGAGGAGGAGAUCCAUGGAUGUUGGAAAGGUUUUCUUACCUCUUCGGUGAGGAAAUCUUUUGAUGUAAUAUGAUGGAUUUGUCGAGUUUGAAAUAUUAAAGCAGGAGGAGGGCAUUCAUUAAUUACAUUUUGUGUGAAGUAAUGAAUACUGAUCUCUCUCUUUAUCUAUCUCUGCCUUGCCAUUUAAUUAACAACUAUAUAUCUUGCUCCUGUUA